ACCCAUUACCCCCGACACCGCAGUCCAGAACUCAAAACCCAGUGAUUAAGGCCCAUUACAGCCCAAAUGAUCUCACGGAGUUUUUUUUUUUUUUUUUAAUCACCAUUCCAUUUUCUUCAAUCCUUUACUGCUUUACUCUUCAACUGACCAGAAACUUCUUCCAACCCUAAUUACCUCUGCAGAUAUCUAGAGUGAGACAAUAUGGGGAAAAUACCGGUGAAGAUGAAGUCGGUGACGUACGCCCUGUCGCCGUUUCAGCAGAAGGUGAUGCCGGGCCUCUGGAAGGAUUUGUCCGGCAAGAUCUCCCACAAGAUCUCCGAGAAUUGGAUCAGCGCCACGCUCCUUCUCAGCCCGCUUGUUGGCACCUAUUCGUAUGUGCAGUGGUACCUGGAAAAGGAGAAGAUGGAGCACAGAUACUGAAGUUAGUAAUCAAUACUCGAUUUGUCCGAGACUCUGAAAAGCUCUCUAGCAUCUAGUUUUACUAGACAAUAAGCUGAUGUAUUGCCUGCUGGUUGCUGGUUUUGGAUCCUGAAUUUAUCUUGGAUUUGCAGUCAGUUUCUUUUUUAUGCAUGGAAUUGUUCAUGUAUGCUACAAAAUUGUCUACCCUGAAUGUUGGCAUUUAAGUUCUGUGCUUGGAUCUUUUCGCUGUAAUUUUCAAAUUUAUCCAUUGAUUUUGAUUUAA